AUGGCAACUUUGAAUGAAAAGAAGACGUGCAGUCAAAGAAUGGAAAAUUUCCAGCGUUUUGUGUGGAAUCCAGACACAGGACAGUUAAUGGGAAGAACCUUGAUUAAUUGGGUAUGGAUCAGUCUUUACUAUGUUGCUUUCUAUGUGGUGGUGACUGGGCUGUUUGCCCUUUCCAUAUAUUCUUUAAUGAAGACACUCAAUCCAUACACGCCAGACUAUCAAGAUCGAUUAAAAUCACCAGGUGUGACAUUACGACCAGAUAAAUAUGGAGAGAAAGGACUGGAAAUUUAUUACAGUCUGUCUUCUAAUAACUCCUGGAAUGGUUUUGUGACGACUCUUGAAAACUUUCUUGCAGCAUACAAUGAAAGCGUUCAACGUGACAACAAAAAUUGCAUUGGGGAAGACUACUUUUUCCAAAACUCAUUCCAUCCUCCAAAUCACACAAAAUGUUCUUGUAAAUUUACACGAGAGAUGCUUGAAAACUGCUCGGGUCUGACGGAUCCCACUUUUGGAUAUUCAGAAGGAAAACCAUGUGUAAUAAUAAAAAUGAACAGAAUCAUCAAUUUUCUUCCUGGCAACGGCACUGCACCAAAAGUGAACUGCACAACUCUAGAAGAAAAUAGGCUAGUGGAUGCUCACUAUUAUCCUGCAAAUGGCACCUUUAGCCUUCACUACUUCCCUUAUUAUGGAUGUAAAGCACAGCCUACCUACGUGAAUCCUUUGGUAGCUGUGAAACUACUCAACAUUUCAUUGAACAAAGAAGUAGCCAUUGUAUGCAAAGUUGUUGGUGCUAGAAUUACUUCUGGCAAUCCUCAUGACCCAUAUGAAGGAAAAGUGGAAUUCAAAAUCAGGAUAAAAAAUUAA